AUGUUGUUUCUCGUUUAUGUGUUUUCUUUUAUCGUUGCAUCGAUUGCUCUUGCCGUGUUAAUGAAAGAAAAAUCGAAUAAGGUGACAAUGGGCGCUUGGCUGAGCUACUUGUGGUGGGGCGGCGAUCCUGACGAGGUAUCACCUGUGUCAGGUCUCUCCAGACGCGAGGUCUACGCCGUGCAGAAGUCCUGGGCACCAGUCAACGCAAACUCCACUGCUAAUGGUGCCGAACUGCUUAGACGAUUUUUCACCACCUUUCCAGAAACCAAAGAAUUCUUCAAGAUGAUUAAGGGACAAUCGCCAGAACAGUAUAACCAAAACCCCCAGUUCAAGGCACACGUAAUUAACCUGAUGACGGCGCUGAAUUUGGCCGUGAAUACUAUGAACCAACCGGAGCUGGUCGCUGCUAUGAUGAACAAACUUGGCGAGUCACACGGCAGAAGAAAGAUCAAGGAGGAAAACUUCCAACAACUGAAAGAAGUCAUCGUGAAAAUGUUCAUCGAGGUCCUUAAAUUGGACGACUCGACACUCGGCGCAUGGGGCAAAACCGUUGACUUCUGGUACAAGCACAUAUUCGAGACUCUUAGCAAACCAGAAGAGACCAGAUAA